GAAAGCGACAGACAGGCGGGUGUUUUACCAAAGACAGCCAAUCUCUUCUCACGUUUGUAAUACGUCUUCGUAGCUUUAGUUACAUCCGGGUGAAGACUUUAGGUUAUAGCUAUUAGCUGUCGGUGUCCAGGAUGUUCAGGUCGCUUCGGUUGCUGCUGCAGGUGCUAUGGGCCCAGCUGCUCUGUGGGUGGGUAAUGGGCUCCGAGCUAACCUUCGAGCUGCCCGACAACGCCAAACAGUGUUUCUACGAGGACAUCAUCACCGGUACCAAGUGCACGCUGGAGUUUCAGGUUGUAACUGGUGGCCACUAUGACGUAGACUGCCGCCUAGAGGACCCAGACGGCACUACACUUUACAAGGAGAUGAAAAAGCAAUACGACAGUUUUACCUUUACAGCUGCCAAGAAUGGCACGUUCAAGUUCUGCUUCAGCAACGAGUUCUCCACUUUCACGCACAAGACCGUUUACUUUGAUUUCCAAGUCGGUGAUGAUCCUCCCCUCUUCCCCAAUGAGAACAGAGUCACUGCUCUCACUCAGAUGGAAUCAGCCUGCGUGUCUAUCCAUGAGGCCCUGAAGUCCGUCAUAGACUACCAGACGCACUUCCGCCUCCGUGAGGCCCAGGGGCGCAGUCGGGCGGAGGACCUGAACACCCGUGUUGCCUUCUGGUCUAUCGGAGAGGCCAUUAUCCUGCUUGUGGUCAGCAUCAGCCAGGUGGUCCUGCUUAGAAGUUUCUUCUCGGACAAGAAGACCACCAUGACACGAGUUGGAUCGUAACAGCGUUUGGGCUGCAGGACCUGGUUCAUCACUUUUUGUUUAUAUCUGAGCAGGUGUGCAUAGCAUAGAGUGAGUAAGAACAACAGUGCUGAUGCGAAGGUUUGCUCAUAUCAAACAUUCUGAUAUUUCCUUCCUGAUUAGCACUGUGGUUCUUAAAAACUUUACGAAAAUAACUUUUUGGUGGCAAAAAUUGUGUUGAGCGGUUUAAGUAAGGUGACAGGAGGGGCUAGAUGAUGUGGUUAUUAAAAACAGGUCAAGCUGGCCUGUGGUUAAAACAGA